AUGAGUAAACGUAUCAAUUUGCCUUAUAGUACUCAGGAUCUUUUCCCUCAAGUGGCAGGAACUCCCAAUUCACUGAGAUUGGUGGGAUCAACUACGGCAGGGUCUAUAAUAUCAAACAAUUCAUCCAUGAUAAAUCAUAAUUAUACCUUUCAUCCAGCAUCAACCAGUACAUCAUCAUCAUCCACCACAACAUCUACUCUAUCUAAUCGAUUCCAAAAUCUUAAGAAGAUGUUCAAACGGUUAUUCAAACCUACCACUCUUGAUUUUGAAACUGCCAUUUGGGAAAUCUUUCAUCUUAUUAUAAACCCUAAGAAAAUGUAUCGAUCCCAUUACUUUUAUAAACAACAAUCUACAUCGACUAAUGGGAAGUCAAGUUAUACUAGAGAUGAUCCAUCAUUCCUUAUAUUGCUUACGGUAUUCUUAUCCAUAAGUGCCAUUGCUUGGGGAUUGGCUUAUUCUCCAAGAGUGGUUGACAUACUAAAAUUAAUUGUUUAUAUGGUUUUCAUUGAUUUUUAUUUGACUGGAGUUAUAAUUGCUACUAUUUCAUGGUUUAUAACUAAUAAAUUAUUCAAUAAUACUUAUGGAAACUUGGGAGGGUUAAAUAAAUAUAAUUUGAAUUAUAUCGAAUGGGGAUUUUGUUUUGAUAUUCAUUGUAAUUCAUUUUUAGUAAUUUGGGCUUUACUUUAUUUAUUACAAUUUUUAUUAUUACCUUUAUUAAGAUUUAAAAAUUCCAUCUUCUCCCUUAUAUUAGGUAAUUCAUUAUAUUUUGGAUCUAUUGGGUAUUAUUUCGUCAUUACAUUUUAUGGAUUUAAUUCAUUACCAGUUAUAAGUUCAUUAUCAAACAAUCAAAGAUCAAAUGGUUCAACUAGUCCAGCCAGAUUAUUACAGUUAAUUAUCAUAGGUGGUAUCUUACCCCUCUUAGCCAUUGCAUGGCUCAUUACCGUUUGUUUUGGAUUUAAUGUGGCCGAUGCUAUGGUUGACACUUACUUCAAUUAA